AGUUAGGAACGCCUGCUGCUAACAGCUAUUUUGGCAACUUUUUGGCGCGCUAAUCUACGCAAACUUGAAGAACGGGAUUUUUAUUGUCUGCAUCUAAAUGAAUGAAAGAAUCACAAGUGAUUUUUACUAUAACWAUUAUUCUAGAGAAUUUUAGCCGAAGAAUGUUCACAACGUGAUUGCUGCAUAGUUGAUUUGAGGCGGGAAGUUGGUCAAMGUAAGAAUGGCCUCUCCAUCGUCUUCUACUAGAAUAAGCAACGAAGAUGACGAUAAUACAAUUGCUGCUUUGCAGUCUUUUUUAGAAGAGCACCACCUCCGAGACGUGAGACAUAUCCUUUUACAAGAAGAUGUAUCUCAGCAUUACUCGGUCACAGUGAAUACCUUGGAACUWUUUGACAGCAACAUWCAYAUUAGUCAGWGUCUUUUAGCCGAACCAACCAAAACACUACCUCURUUUGAUAGUGCUCUUGCUCAAGCAGCUAUGACAAUUAUGCAGGAUACUGAUUCUCCYUCAAAUAUGUCGUUUAAACCACAUCUUCACAUAAGACUGUCSAAUCUACCUGUUUGCCCAGAGCUAAAGAGAAAUACCAUUCCUAAGUCAUCAGAUAUCAACAAGUUCUUAGCCAUCUCAGGAACUAUCAUCAGAGUGUCAACAAUCAAAAUGUUGGAGCAUGAAAAGGAAUAUAUUUGUACACGCUGCAAGAAUGUGUUUUCAGUUAAAGCUGAUUUGGAGCAGUUCUACAUCAUACCAAAACCAACCAAAUGUCCAUCCCCAGGCRAUUGUGACUCAAACAARUUUUCCCUUCUUUCUGAAGCAGGUACAAUGCCAACAAGAUGCCGUGAUUACCAGGAAAUUAAGAUACAAGAACAAGUSCAAAAGCUUGCAGUGGGAACAAUCCCRAGGUCCAUGUGGGUYGUGCUUGAAGACGACCUUGUGGACUGCUGCAAGGCUGGUGAUGAUGUCACUAUUUGUGGYGUUGUGAUGAGAAGRUGGAGACCAACAAUCCCUGAGGUCAAAUGUGACCUUGAAGUCAUCAUCAAAGCCAACCAUGUUUCAGUYAACAAUGAACAACGGUCAARUAUCGUYCUCACAGAUGAAAUCAAGCAAGAAUUCAAUGAAUUUUGGAUGAGAUACAAGGAAAGACCUCUUGUUGGAAGGAACCAUGUUCUUGCAAGCUUUUGUCCUCAGGUGUAUGGCUUAUAUGCAGUAAAACUUGCUGUUGCUCUAGUGCUGAUUGGAGGGGUACAGAGAGUUGAURAUUCUGGUACACGUGUACGAGGRGAAUCACAUAUGUUACUUGUUGGAGAUCCAGGAACAGGCAAGUCUCAGUUUCUCAAGUACGCUGCCAAGGUAGUCCCGCGGUCUGUUCUUACGACUGGUAUUGGAUCUACCAGUGCAGGUCUAACUGUAACUGCAGUACGUGAUUCAGGGGAAUGGCAAUUAGAAGCAGGGGCUUUGGUAUUGGCUGAUGGCGGGCUAUGCUGUAUUGAUGAGUUCAACAGUAUACGUGAACAUGAUCGAGGCAGUAUUCAUGAGGCUAUGGAACAGCAAACUAUCAGUGUGGCCAAAGCUGGGAUGGUUUGUAAGCUAAGUACACGGACGAGUAUUCUAGCSGCUACUAAUCCUAAAGGACCCUACGAUCCAAGCGAGUCUCUCAGUGUUAACAUCGCUUUAGCCAGUCCUCUACUUAGCAGAUUUGACCUGGUCUUUGUUCUUCAUGAUGCUAAAAAUGAAGAAUGGGAUAAAAUCGUAUCUUCGUUCAUUCUUGAAGGCAAAGGACUUCAUUCGUCUACAGAUAACGACGAGCCAUUGUGGAACAUGGAGCGAAUGCAAGCGUAUCUAUGCCACGCCAAGACGUUUCAACCGACGCUAACUGAUGAGAGUAACCGGGUUUUAAGUCGUUAUUACCAUAGUCAACGGCAAGCAGAUUCACGAAGUGCUGCUCGGACAACCUUGAGACUUCUUGAGAGUCUUAUCCGCCUAGCACAAGCUCACGCUCGACUGAUGUGCCGUCAUGAAGUGACUAUACAAGAUGCUAUCGUAGCUGUUACCUGYGUUGAAUGCUCUAUGCARAAUACCGCCUUGCUUGGAUCAACCAAUGCACUUCAUACAAAAUUCCCUGACGAUCCCGAGGAGGAAUUCAAAAUYCAAGCAGAGCUCAUUUUAAAGCGACUGAAAUUGAGCGAUUUAUUCGAAACAUUGAUUUCAAAUAACGAUAAAAGUGAGAAUGUUGYUGAWUYACGUGAGGGAAGUUCUGGAGGAACGCUAAUCUGUGAAAAUGAAGAAGAAUCUCAAAAUAGUGUUCAAAAUGAAGAUAUUCCAAGUCCGUUGGUGCAAGCGUUUGAUCUCGAUGAAAGUGUUGACUUAGUAAAUUCAAACACGAUAGUUAGUCGUUCUGCGAACGGAAUUGAAAAUGGUUGCARCACUGUCCCUGUUGUUCAAGGCAACCAUGAUCAAGAAAAUCCAGAACGCUUAACAAUUACAAGUCAAGUCCCUUCUCCAUCAUCACAUUUAGAAAGGCAUACGUCUAACGAGGGAAAUAUUACAGACAAUAUUCCAGUUCAAGGCGAACAUUCUUCAUCAGAAUCUYGUCAAAAUAACUGCACCACACAGACAACUUCGACAAGUGCGAAGCAAGACAAAUCUUUAAGCAAUACUGAAUCGAAAGGUUCUUAUAAUAACAGACUUAUUAGCCUCUUUCGGAARUCAGCCCCGGCUCCUCCAACACAAAGCCAAGUUACAUCUCCAUCAAACAAUACAUCAACAAGUCAAUUGUCAAACAUGACUACAACAUCACAAACAAGAUCAACAGCAAGGACAUGCAUCUUCACUACAGAUGAUAUCAGUGAAGACGAUUUAGAACUUGAAUGGCCGCCGGGAGAUUUUUUAUCGAAUAUUCGAAAAGACAACUCCCAUCAAAGUGAAGAUAUGAUGAAAAGAAUGAAAAGAUUGUCAAGUGAUGACAGGGAACCUUGCAAAAAGAAAAAGAGAGACGAUUAAGCUUCAGAAUAACAUUGAAAAAAACAUCAGCUAUUUUUUUUCGUUUUGUUGUUGGUUCAGUUGUUUUCUGGUCGUUUGUGUGUUUUGUAAAUGGGGGUUAGUCAGGGGCUGGUCUUCUGKCUUGGUUUGUUGAUUGUAUGUAUGUAUAAUAAGUAGUUGGUUUGUCGGUACUCAUUGGUUGGUAAUCAUGGCCUCUUCCGUAGGUGUCUUACUACUCUUGGGCUCCAUGUCAAUGGAAAAAAUCGCGCACUUUAAAGGUUAUUAAUUUGAUGUARAUAUAGUGAUGUAAGUGUCCAAAAUGAUGUAAAUUUAAUGUAAGUGUCGCCUGUGGAAGAGACUACAAUUGUAGUUCUGUUACUAUCCUUAAAAUAUGUAUUAACGAUAGCAUGAACAAAAAAAGUCAAAUAAAGGACUCUUUAAUCAGCGUCAAUGCUCAAAUAUUUGAGUUUCAUUUCUAUGUAUAUCAUUUUCCCACUGAUGAAAAAUUCUAUGAAUUAAUCGUCAUCAUCAUUAUUAUGAUUAUGAUUAUUAAAGAUGACAUUUAUACAAUUGAAUUGAGCAAAAAUUACUAAAUAACACAAUAAACCAUGCAGUUAUCGUGUGUUAUCAUGGCCUUGUAUCGGUUUUACUCAGUUAAGAUUUUAGUUUUCGGCUAAACGCCUUGAUCAACCUUUAAACCUUCUGCUUGAGAUUGAAACUGAAUUCGUUUGCUCGUUUGUUUUUUAGCUGAUUGUAUUUUAUAGCCGUUUUGAGUGCCGUUARAUAGAACAUAGAGAAAAAAUAGUGGACACAAAAUAUUAAUUAAGUUAAAAGUCAAUGCGAGUUUCUUGUCGAUUUUUGAAAGAAAUCACAACAGCGCACGCGCACGCACUAUAAUCCCACAUUGAUCACCURAUAUGUACGUCACAGAGUCCUUUUUUUAUC